UCUUGACAUACGUCAAACAUCAUAACCCACUUACAUCAUUGAAAAUGUUACUUUCUUCCCAAAUAGUAUUAAUUUUAAUGCAACUAUCUGAGGCCGCUGUUCCUUAUACCGAUCCAAUAUUCAGAGGACUAUCUUUGAAGAAAUAUGACCAAGCAGAUACCUUACAAGUGGAAGACAAAGGAGAUGUUUUGGAAGGAUCCAAAACUGUGUAUGCUCCUGAACCUCCAUACUAUUCCAGUUCAAACCUGUCCUACAAAUUGUUUUCAAAGGAAACUUAUUGCUCAUCUUUGAAGGAAAAGACUAUAUUUAAACGGACUGUAACUGACUUUGGUCCAAAGGAGGAUCUUGUCGAAAACUGGAGCGAAAUAGAGAAAUACUGCGACUUCGACGAUGAUGUAGACCAUAUCAUUUAUGAAAAUGUUACAGAAAAACAAUUAUUCGAAAUUAGUAACACCGAUCAACAGCAGGUUCUAAAUGAAAACAUUGAAUACAGAGAUUUGCUAAACAUGAGUUUUAACGUGCAUGAUGAACAUAGCAACUAUGAAAUCAGAAAGCUACAAGGUAAAAUAAUGAAGAAGUUCAUGAACACUCGAGUCGAUCCUUGUGUGGACUUCUACGAGUAUGCGUGUGGCAAUUGGAGACGAUACAAUGUUAUACCUGCAGAUAGAGCUACUUACGAUACUUUUGAGAUCGUGCGAGAAAACUUAGAUAUGGCGCUCAAAGGAUUGUUGGAAGAUAAUGUGCAAAACAAUAUAAAUUUUGACAUUACAUAUUUGAAAAAGAGCUUGCUGAGUAGUGAUUUUUCUCCUAACGACACUUCAGAUGCCACCUUAAAGGCCAAGAUGUUUUAUAUAUCUUGUAUGCAAGAAGACGUGAUAGCAAAAAGAGGAGUAGCCCCUUUACUGAAGAUCCUUGAUGAACUGGGUGGUUGGCCUAUCUUAAAUAAUAGUUGGAACAGUAAGCACUUCAAUAUUGUCUUGUUACUAGCAAAGCUAAGGCUGUUGAAUAAUGACAUACUGAUGGCUCAAUGGGUAGGUCCUGACAUGAAAAACUCAAAGGAAUACAUUGUCCACAUCGACCAGCCGAUGCUCGGUCUACCCGCCAGGGAAUACUUCCUCGAGGAAUCAAACCUUAAAUAUUUGAAGGCAUACAGGGUGUUCAUCCUUACCGUCGCUUCAUUGAUGAACGCCAAGCCGAACGUAACUGAAAAAAACGUUGAUGACAUGAUUGACUUCGAGAUCAAAGUAUCACAGAUUAUGGCCUCCACGGAGGAUAGGAGGAAUAUUUCAGAGUUGUAUUUGAGGACCGAUAUUGCUGCUUUAACAUUAUACUUUCCACAAUUUGACUGGAAAAACUAUUUUGACAUUGUGCUUGGAACUGAUAUAGACCUGAUGACACCUGUUGCCUGUUAUUGUGCAAAGUUCUUGCAAGAUCUCUUUUAUCUCAUAAGUAACACAGAACCUAGAACCCUGCAGAACUAUGUCGUCUGGAGAUUUGUGCGACACAGAACCAGCAAUUUAGACGAGAGAUUUUCCAAGGCCAAGCAACGAUUUUACCACGUCUUGUUUGGUAGAGAGAAGAGUCCACCUAGAUGGCAGUUUUGUGUGGCUCAAGUAAAUUCGGACAUGGGAAUGGCUCUUGGUUCUUUAUUUGUCAAAAGGUAUUUUGAUAAGCAGAGCAAAAUGGACACGACAGAAAUAACAAAAGCACUUUCGGAAGCAUUCAAAGCUACACUACUGGAGAACGAUUGGUUGGAUAACAAUACCAAGGAAUAUGCUCGUAUGAAGUUAGAUCAUAUGGAUUUAAAAAUUGGGUAUCCCGAUUUUAUUUUAAAUGCAACCGAGUUAUCACAAAGGUACUAUGAUGUAGAAAUUCACCCUGACUACUUUUUCGAGAACGUCCUCACAAUUCUGAGACACCUCACAAAAGUAGAGCAGAAGCGAAUGGGUGCAGUGGUGAACAGAACCUCGUGGAGCACCCCUCCUGCAGUUGUAAAUGCAUAUUAUAGCAGGAACAAGAAUCAGAUCAUGUUUCCAGCAGGCGUCCUUCAACCACCAUUUUACAAUAGACAUUUCCCUAAAGCACUGAACUUUGGUGGUAUAGGCGUGAUCAUAGGCCAUGAAGUCAGUCACGGUUUCGACGAUAAGGGAAGGCUUUUCGACCAGGAUGGCAACCUGCAUAUGUGGUGGAGAGAAUCCUCCAUAGAAAAAUUCUACGAAAAAUCCGCGUGUUUGAUAGAACAGUAUGGACAGUAUGUUCUACCAGAUGUCAGGCUUGCUUUAGAUGGAUAUCUGACGCAAGGAGAAAACAUAGCUGAUAAUGGAGGAUUGAAGCAGGCUUUCGGAGCAUACGAAACGUGGCUGAAAGCUCAUCCAAAAGCAGAUGAAACUUUGCCAGGUCUGAAUUUAAGUGGCAAACAACUGUUUUUCCUUAAUUUUGCCCAAGUUUGGUGUGGCCAGCAAAGGAUAGAAGCAGCCAAAAGCAGGAUCAAGACAUCUGUACAUUCUCCUGGUAUAUUCCGAGUUAUAGGGGUUCUCAGUAAUUCAGAGGAGUUCUCUAAGGAGUACCGCUGCCCCAGAAAUAGUCCCAUGAAUCCUGAAGUGAAAUGUGUUAUAUGGUGAUAUUAGUUUGUAGUUAUAAAAC